AUGUUGUUCAACCGUACAGUGCCGCGCUGCUCGAACACGCCGCCGCCGAAUUGCUCUACCACUUCACCCUCAACACCCCGACCUUCGAAGCCCUCUUCUGCUCCAAAUUCCGACGACACCGCACCGUGGGACCUCCUGACUACACCAAGUACACCUCCAAAGUCCGAUCGCACCACGCAAACUUUGUUCGAUACCGCAACCUUCCCUGCGGAAUCGUACCUACUUCCCUCAGACCGAAACGGGACAUGGCGUACAGAAGCUAUUCACGCGCUUCAACGUCCUAGCGAGACUGCAGUAUCCAUUCACCGGCAUGCGAGCGAGUUGAAUUGGCCCACGUGUCGCAACAAAGUACAAGACCUAGCAGACGCCGCAUCCGACGGCCUCAAUUCCCGGCUGAACCAAGCACUUGAGGGCCACGAUGUAGUUGAGCUGGGCAAUCGCGUCGUGGAGCUCAUUCCUUCGGUAUCAAUGCCCAGUAUACGGCGGCUAGGCCAGACCAUCGAUUCAGUCAGCGAUAUAGCGCGUUCUCUGGUAGAACGCCGUAAGUCAGAGACGGACUUCCUGGACCAAGAGCUACAAGGUGAUCAAUGGGCUUUCGCGCGUAUCAUGAGUACGAAAGCAAGGAAGGCUCUAGUAAAGCAGAGGAUAUGUCAGGAGUCACAGGUCACUCCAAAUCAGAUCACUUCGCCUUGGCAAGAUCAUUUGAAUUCGGCGCUGGCCGCCACGUUCACGCGCGAAAAAGAGUCCUUUAGCACUACGAGUCUUUUCUCGAUGACACCUGUCUGGUCAGCGGACGCAGUCAACAAGACCUGGCGUCUGGAGCUGGACACGGGCUUGACAAGUAUUGAGGUGGAUUCAGCGACCGAUGGGUACACGGAGCAGCCAGUACGUGUGGCCGUAAGCUUUGAGCUGCCUGAGAGCUGUGGGUCUUUGAUUCUGGCGGAGGUGGAACGAGCAGUGGUGGAUAGCGAGAGCGAGUGGAUGAUGGUAAUGGGAUAG